CUUGAUACAAAUAAUAUAAUAAUAAUAGUAUAUAAAGAAAUUUUCAAUUAUUAUUAAUUCAUCAUUAUUAGUAUUUACAUGUGAAUUGUAUUCCUCACAAGUUUCAAGUCAAAAUGGUGAAUUCAAUCAUUAAACUUGUUGUUCUAAUGAUUUUCAGUCAAUCGGCUGUAUCAUCCUUACGUGAAGAAGAUUUCAGGAGAAGUUUGUCUGCCGAUAAUUCAAAAUCCUUUUUGUACAAUCUUCUAAAUGCUCAGAUAAAACACCGAGUUGAUUUUCUGGCCGGACUAAGUCAGCAAUACAACUUCACUGAGGCAGAGAUUUCAUUCAUAAACUCAACGAUUGGAUCGAUAGAGUUGUUGGACAAUUUGAUGUCUAAGAUACAUUCAUCAUUACAACCUGACUACAGGUACAAAAAUUACGAAAAUUUAUCCGUAAAAUAUGGCCAAAUAGUUGAACGAUUUAACCAAGAGUUCAUGUCAAACCAUCUAAGUAUUGUAGAAAUGGAUUAUCUCAACCCAAUCAUAUUAUAUUCAAAACUUAAUACAUUGAAUAACAAUGGGACUGAAAUCAUUGAAUCAAUUAAAGAAAAUGCCUUACGUUUAAUUGAUGUCUAUUCUUAUGAUGUCAGUCUCAUGUCUAAACACGAUUCUUCUGAAAACUACCAAGCUAAACUAACUAGAUUUUGUUUGGAAAAUUUGAGUUCUCUUCGCAAUGAAAUCGAAAGUCUCAACCAGUUCUCCGACCAUUUAUCGAUAAUGACUUUCAAAACACUACUAACACGAUUCGAUUUGAUUCUUCGAAUUGCUGCCGGUGGGCCUUAAUACCGUGGAAAUUGUAUGGACACGAUUCUAGAUUAAUGGUGAAAUUUUGAGUAAAAAUCGCAAAACAAAUUCUCUGUAACCAUUUAAAAUUAUUAAUAAAUUUGAUUCGAGCAGAAAAUUUA